GUAGCAAGUCAACAGUUCGAAAGCUUUAUUUUUUCCCCACCCAUAUUCCGACAGAACUCUUCUCUGAUUGGCUGGUAGUUCGCAGUAGAGGCGCCAUUAGCCAAUCGUGGCGCUGAAGGCGGAGCCUGGCGGAAUAGCGGUGGGUAGAGUAAAGCCGCUCGUCUUCAUUCACCUUCUUCGUUUUUCCUCCUCAAACUUGAGCCUUUCCCCUCCGCGAAAGAGGGUUUUACUCCUUCAUUUAGUUGAGCACCUUCUGUGAGUACGACAGCUGACUGGCUUUGUUAGCUGACCCGUGUGAAAAGCUGGUCGAUAUUACUAGCGGGCUAGCUUACUAGCCGUAGCCGUAGCGGUAGUUCGUUCUCCUCGCCCUCCGGGUCUUUAGGAGAAGGGCUCGAGCUCUGGGAAUGUCGCUCUGCCAAGCACUGAAACCCGUGAGUCUUUUCAGGAAGAAAACUAUCCGAGAAACACGCUGAGAGCAGCCCAUGGAUCCGGAAGUGUCUGUGAUGCUUCACUGUGCUCCCUCUCAGGGUCUCGAGGAACAUCAGAUCCGAGUGGAGAUGUCGAGCAGGUUCAAUCGCAGAAGCGCUCCUGAGGUUGAGAAGCACAUUGAGGCAGUGUGGAAGGACAGGGUGACCAGAGAGCCUUGGCUUUUCAAUGGGGCCAAGUUCAGACUGCGCUCAGCAGAACUGUCCACGUCCACGAACUGUGUUGCAGGAGAUGAAGCAGCACAAACUUCAAUCUCUGAAAUGGCAGAGAGAGAAAACCAGCUGGCAGCUCACAGGGGGAAGGAAGCCUGCCUCACACCAGUACUAACAUCAUCAGCAAAUGCUGGGUGUUGUAGAGAUACUGCAAAGGAAACCCAGAGAGAUACAAACACAGUCUCAUCAAGAAAGCCUUCAGAGUACCAGAAAGUGGUGCUCAGCUUACAGCUGGGUUUGACAUGUUAUAAAGACUUUCUGGGAACCAACUGGUCACAGGAGGCUGUGAGCCUGCAGAGACGUGGAGAGGUGGAGUUUGGAGACCCUCAGGCCCUCUUGGCCCAGCCUCUUGGAGUUGGCGCUGUCUUGGUUACCUCAGAUGGACAGGUGGUCCUGCUCCAAAGGAGUCAGAGGGUUGCAGAGGCAGUGGGUCUCUUGGACAUACCAGGCGGUCACCCAGAGCCUAAGGCUGUAUGUCAGGGGGUGAGUGAAGAGGCUAUCAAUGUGGAUCUCAUGCAGGGCUGCGAGGAAGCCGUGGUUGCAGAGUUAUUCUCCUCUGUGUGCGCAGAAGUCAGAGAUGAGGUUAAUGUUCCACUCAGCUUCCUCAGUGCACCUGUUCUGAUGGGAAUAGCGCUAAAUCACACCAGCGCUGGACGACCCAGUGCAGAGUUUUACAUCAGGUGUUCUUUGACGAUGGAGGAGGUGAAGGACUUUUACUGGCGUGGAGGUCCAGAAGCUCAUGAAUCCACAGAUAUAGUGUUUCUGAGUAGAGGGGAGAUGCUGCAGUUGGAUGAAAGCGCCUCCUUGUGGUCAGAAUUGUGCCCUUCAGCGAAAGGAGCAGUGCUGCUGUACCGACUAGUUAGGCCUGAUGGAGUUUAAUAUACAUGCAAAUAAAGUGCAAGUCAGUUACAGAAGCAAAUGAAAAGACAGGUGAGAAUUUACAUAAAUUUAUUUUUCUACACGCGUUCACAGCAAGACACAUUUUCAAGGUUUUUACCAACAUAGCAAAAGCUUGUCAAAUUUAGCUCAUAUUAUAAAAAUGUAUAAAAAUCACACUGAUGCAGCUGUCAACUUUUAUAGUUUUAUACCUUUUAGAAUGUAAGAGAAUUCAGUUCAUCUGAAUAAGUCUGUUAAUACUUUAUUAAAUCUUGUGCUAAAAAUGCAA